AGCAAGUGAUUUUUAGUGCUAUUAUUGAUAAAAUAAUAAUAAGGUCUCUUGGUUAGAGAUACGACGAAAUGAAAGGAGAGAAAGAGGGAGAGAGGUGUGUGGUGGGACGAUAUAAAAGCUCUGCCUAUUCGCCAGCGAAGACGUAUUUCCGAAAAAUAGCAGAUGGGUGGCUUACAAAGCAGCCAAGGAUUCCCUUCGCAACGACUAGGCCAUCUUCGCACAUCGAGCUCACCAUUGCGAACGACGAACACGACUCUUCCACAGAUAUCUGACGCUCUAAGAAAGA